CAUGGCCUCGUCCACUUUGGAUUUGGGUGAAAAGCCGGAGGAAAAUGAUGACGUGCGCCUGCCCAAGGAGCAGCAACCACCAGCCUUCUUCGAAUCGAAGACCUUCCGGAUAAUUUCGAUCUUUCUGUAUCUGGGCGGGAUCAGUGGCCUGGGAAUGGUGCUGGCCCUCUACUAUCUCAUGUUCUUCGACUCCAGCAUGCCGGACAUUCAUCUCAAGUUUCCCGUCUCCAUUGGCGGCCAUCCAGUGCAGAAGGUGCACGAGUACCAGUGACCAUUUGACCACUUGACCCAGCCGGGUGAUAAAAUUGUGAUACCCGAGAAAAUAGCCAUUCGCCUCCUGAACUCAUCGGAAGUGACCGCGGAGCAGUUCUACAAGCACAUCCUCGAGCAGUACCGCAUCCUCAGCCACAUGCAACAGCAGCGCCAGCAACUGCUGCAGCGCCAACAUCUCCAACUGCAGCAGCUGGAGGCAAACAAUCGCUUCCAGGAGGUCUUUGCCACGGCCACCAUCAUUCAGGCACAUCCGCAUCCCCAUCCACAUCCCAGGGAGCCGCCCAAGAAGCCGCUUUUAGGACCAUAUAGCCCGCAACCCGGCAACAUAAGUCACGCUAUGGGUGGUGAUCAGUUGGAUGCAGAAACGGAGCAGGGUCACAUGCCUCUAAUCCUGGAUACCUCACCGCCGGUCGAAGUAACCGGAAUGGGUCACCUGAAGCGGAAGACACAUCGCGGUCACUACAAACAUCAUAGAGCCCGAGCCGGUGGUCAAAAGAAACUGUCCAUUGCCAAUUCGAUGGCCAGCUCCACGCCGAGCACCACAGCCGGAGGAGAUGCGUCAAUGGCCACUGCGGCCACUUUGCCACAUGGUUAUAUGGACGCUCCACUAAAUCCGGCGGCAGGAACCAUUGUCCAGGCACCACAACUGCAGCUAUACACCUCGAUGCCCAUUCCACUGAUCCUGAGUCCCAGCGACGAAAAGCGUCCUUCGCACCACGCCCACGGACAUGUCCAUGGCGAGAGGCGGAACGGGGCGCAAUCCGGCGGCCGGCGAAGGACCACGACGGCAUCGGUUUCUGGCUACGAGGCGCAGACCUACCUCAAUCCGUUUCUCACCGGCGAGCUGAUCUUCGAGAAGUAAGGGACUGCACCCAGAUCAGGAAACGUCGCGGUUCAUUGUUUUUUUUUUUUUUUUUUUUUAAUGCAUGUAGAGGGAUAUACACUACAGUCAAGAUCGGAAUUGGAGAUUAGCUCAUAGAAAUGGUAACUGCCCAAGAAAC